GCGGAACCUGGACACACUCAACAUCCCACAUUCAAUAGAUUAUGAGCUACAUUUUUAUAGUGAACACAUUACAUUUACACGGCAAUUGAGAAGGAGCGCACACGGAUCUCAUAAAAUAUUGAUUGCCGUAUAACAGGUAACGGAGUGAAGAGCCACAAGACAAAGAAAAAACAGCAAAGAAGCAGAUGCAAGAUUCGUGUGGAGAUAUUCGGACUGAGUACAUUGGCACACUAGUUAUCUCUGACUCCUGAAGGAAAAGAGGAAAAGAAAAGAGGACAUCACACACACACACACACACACACACACACACACACACACACACACACACACACACACACACACACACACACACACACACACACACACACACACACACACAUCCAUCCAUCAGCACAAAGAUGAGUGACGAUAAAGCAGCUGAAAGCGUUGAACCUGCUCCACCAUCUCCAGCACCAGCGGCAGCACCAGCUCCAGCACCAGCAGCAGCACCAGCUCCAGCACCAGCGGCAGCACCGGCGCCAGCAGAGAUGAACUCUAUUCCCAAUGGGAAAGGCCAUGAGCCUGGGGAGGAAACCACAGCGGCAGCCAAAAUACCACCAGGAGACACCACAGAGCAGGAGAUUGUUCCUAAUAGUGUCCAAAAUGUCAGAAGUGAGGAUCCAGAGGCUAACCUUGCAGAGAGUCAGGAGUUCCUGUCUAGCAUGGAGGACAAGAAGACCACAGGCUUCACAGACUUUGAGGGGAAGACCUCUUUCGGAAUGUCAGUAUUCAACUUGGGCAACGCCAUCAUGGGAAGUGGAAUUCUGGGAUUGUCGUACGCCAUGGCCAACACAGGGGUCGUCCUAUUCCUGGUGCUCCUGACGGUAGUGGCUGUCCUCUCAUCUUACUCCAUCCACUUGCUACUCAAGUCCUCUGGCAUUGUGGGUAUCCGGGCGUAUGAGCAGCUGGGCCAAAGGGCGUUUGGAACGCCAGGCAAGAUGGCCGCCGGCAUCGCCAUCACACUGCAAAACAUCGGAGCCAUGUCCAGUUACCUGUACAUCGUGAAGUAUGAGUUCCCUCUGGUCAUCCAGGCCUUCCUGGGGGUUGACAAUCCAUCAGGUGAGUGGUACAUGAAUGGGAACUACCUGGUCAUCAUGGUGUCCAUCAGUGUCAUCCUGCCUCUGGCUUUGAUGAAGCAGCUAGGGUACUUGGGCUACACCAGUGGCUUCUCCCUCACCUGCAUGGUCUUCUUCCUCAUCUCGGUCAUCUAUAAGAAGUUCCAUACCCCCUGUCCCUUUAUAGACUUUGCCUUUAACAGCACAGCCAGUGUGAUUGCUGUUACCAACGACACAGGUUACAACCAAGCCUGUGUUCCCAAAAUGGUCAACCUCAACUCACAGACUGCCUACACCAUCCCCAUCCUGGCGUUUGCCUUUGUGUGCCACCCUGAGGUCCUGCCCAUCUACACCGAGCUCAAAAACCCAACCAAGCAAAGGAUGCAGCAUGUGUCCAACAUCUCCAUUGUAGUCAUGUACACCAUGUACUUCCUGGCUGCUCUGUUUGGAUACCUGACCUUCUAUGGUGAGGUGGAGUCAGAGCUGCUGCACACCUACAGCCGUCUGGACCCAUACGACACCCUGAUCCUCUGUGUCCGUCUGGCCGUGCUCACCGCUGUCACACUCACCGUCCCCAUAGUGCUCUUCCCUGUAAGGAGAGCCAUCCAGCAGUUGUUUUUCCCCAACAAGACAUUCUACUGGCCCCGCCACAUUGCCAUUGCUGUCACCCUGCUCACCCUCAUCAACAUGCUGGUCAUCUUCGCCCCUAACAUCCUGGGCAUCUUUGGCAUCAUCGGUGCCACAUCUGCCCCCUGCCUCAUCUUCAUCUUCCCUGCUGUCUUCUACAUCCGUAUUGUACCCGAAGAGGAGGAGCCCAUGCGCUCUACCCCCAAAAUCCUGGCUGCCUGCUUCGCUGGAAUAGGCUUCCUGUUUAUGGUAAUGAGCCUCAGCUUUAUCCUCAUUGAUUGGACGUCGGGGAGUAGCAAAGCCAGCAGCGGUCAUUAGGCUCCUUCUAUAAGUCUUCUGUUUUUAUAUUGUAAAUCUAGACCUGUAUUGUAUUUUCUCUGUGUUGUCAUGGAUCAUAUUUAGUAGAAGAUGCACUAUCUCUUCCUCCAGAAUGAGUGGGCCAUAGUGUCUAGAGAUGGGGAAUUCAAUCUUCUGGAGGUUUCUGCUCCCCGUUGGACUGCUUCUCACUUAAGGUCCAUGGAAUUGUAGCCCCAGCCAAACUGUGUAUAGAGGGAAAGGCCAACAUACUUUCCUGGGGAAGACGAUAGUGCAUUAGAAAGAAAUGGAAAGUCAUGCUGGCUUGCUGAAUCUGCCACCACCUCCCAUUCCAGCCCUGCCCUCCAGACCAGACCCAUAAUCUAUUACCCUAUAAACGUGUAAUCUGUCAAUCACAGCAAGAAUCUAACUGCCGCACUCUAGUCUAGAUAACCACAUAGCUUUCAGUAGGGGAGAAGAAGACACAACAGAUCGUUGGAGGCUGGGCAGUUCUUUCAUAUUUGUAGGCCAAGUAUACUGUGUUAAGUUAUUGAUGUAGUUAGGUCAUGGCAAUAUUCGGUACAAUAGCUGAGGGAAUGUGGCAUUAAAAGCUAUUGGACAGAGGCAGAGCGGUGGUUACUGUGGCAACGUCCAGUGACCCAUGCUGGUGUUGUCACCCCGGUGGCCAGAUGCCAUCCUUAAUCUACAUGCUCGGCUUCAUUCCUCACAGAUAUCAGAGGAUGGAACCAUGCAACUGAUAUGCAACUGUACAGUGUGUGCAGUCUUAUGACUCUACCAUUACAAUACAGUAUGAUAUAUAUACAGUAUCAGUCAAAAGUUUGGACACACCUACUCAUUCAAGGGUUUUACUUCAUUUUUACUAUUUUCUACAUUGUAGAAUAAUAGUGAAGACAACAAAACGAUGAAAUAACACAAAUGGAAUCAUGUAGUAGACGAAAACGUGUUAAACAAAUCAAAAUAUAUUUGAGAUUCUUCAAAGUAGCCACCCUUUGCCUUGAUGACAGCUUUGCACAUUCUCUCAACCAGCUUCACCUGGAAUGCUUUUCCAACAGGAGUUCCAACAUAUGCUGAGCACUUGUUGGCUACUUUUCCUUCACUCUUCACCAACUCAUCCCAAACCAUCUCAAUUGGUUUGAGGUCAGGUGAUUGUGGAGGUCAGAUCAUCUGAUGCAGCACUGGAGGUGUGGUGGGUCAUCGGGUGGCAGGUAGCCUAAUGGUUAGAGAGUUGGACUUGUAACCGAAAGGUUGCACGAUCGAAUCCCUGAGCUGACAAGGUAAAAAUCUGUCGCUCUCACCCUGAACAAGGCAGUUAACCCACUGUUCCUAGGCCAUCAUUGAAAAUAAGGAUUUGGUCUUAAAACCUGUUACGGCUAGACGUUCCGUUAGCGGAAAAUUGCAGAGCGCGAAAUUCAGAAUAAAUUAUUAGAAAUAUUUAACUUUCAUAAAAUCACAAGUGUAUUACACCAAAUUAAAGCUUAACUUCUUGUUAAUCCAGCCACCAUGACAGAUUUCAAAAAGGCUUUACGGCGAAAGCAAACCAUGCAAUUAUCUGAGGAAACAUCAUACAAACACGUGAAAUCAUAUUUCAACCAAGCAUGUGCGACACGAAAUUCAGAAAUAACGAUAUAAUUCAUGCCUUACCUUUGAAGAUCUUCUUCUGUCGGCACUCCAAUAUGUCUCAGAAACAUCACAAAUGGUCCUUUUGUUCGAUAAACUCCGUUUUCAUAUCCCCAAAAUGUCAAUUUAUUUGGCACGUUUGAUUCAGAAAUACACUGGUUCCAACUCGCACAACAUGACUACAAAUUAUCUAAUAAGUUACCUGUAAACUUGGUCCAAACAUUAAACAACUUUCGUAAUCCAACUUUAGGUAUACUAAAACGUAAAUAAUUGAUAAAAUUUAAGAUGGAAUAUACUGUGUUCAAUAGCGGAUAAAAUCAAUGUGGAGCACGCAACAAACAAAAGAGUACACUUGGCUUGACACACAGAAAAGGAAAGGGCUACUUCUUGAUUUCUCUAAGGAAAAAUAUCACCCAAUUACUAAAGACUGUUGACAUCUAGUGGAAGCCAUAGGAACUGCAACCAGGUGGCUCAUAAAUCUAGUUCCCCAUAGAAAACCAAUAGAAAACACAGUCACCUCAAUUUCUUUUUUCCUGGAUGGUUUGCCCUCGGGGUUUCGCCUGUCAAAUCAGUUAUGUUAUACUCACAGACAUAAUUGUAACCGUGUUUGAAACUUUAGAGUGUUUUCCAUCCAAAUCUACCAAUUAUAUGCAUAUCAUAGCUUCUGGGCCUGAGUAGCAGGCAGUUUACGUUGGUCACGCUUUUCAUCCGGAAGUGAAAAUACUGCCCCCUAUCCCAAAUAGGUUUUAACUGACUUGCCUAGUUAAAUAAAGGGAAGGAAAAGGUUGUCCUGUUGAAAAUGAUAGUCAAACUAAGUGCAAACCAGAUGUGAUGGUGUAUCGCUGCAGAAUGCUGUGGUAGCCAUGCUGGUUAAGUGUCCCUUGAAUUCUAAAUAAAUCACAGAUAGUGUCCCCAUGCUUCAUGUGGGAACCACAUAUGCGUUCAUCUACUCAGUGUCUCACAAAGACACGGCAGUUGGAACCAAAAAUCUCAAAUUUGGACAUAUCAGACAGAUUUCCACUGGUCCAUUGCUCGUGUUUCUUGGCCCAAGCAAGUUUUUCUUUUUAUUGGUGUCCUUUAGUAGUGUUUUUUUUUGCAGCAAUUCGACCAUGAAGGUCUGAUUCACGUAGUCUCCUCUGAACAGUUGAUCUUGAGAUGUGUCUGUUACUUGAACUCUGUGAAGCAUUUAUUUGGGCUGCAAUCUGAGGUGCAGUUAACUCUAAUGAACUUAUCCGCUGCAGCAGAGGUAACUCUGGGUCUUCCUUUCCUGUGGUGGUCCUCAUGAGAGACAGUUUCAUCAUAGCGCUUGUUGGUUUUUGUGACUGCACUUGAAGAAACUUUAAAAAUUCUUGACAUUUUCGGCAUUGACUGACCUUCAUGUCUUAAAGUAAUGAUGGACUGUCGUUUCUCUUAGCUUUUUUGAGCGGUUCUUGUCAUAAUAUGGACUUGGUCUUUAACCAAAUAGUGCUAUCUUCUGUAUACCUCCCCUACCUUGUCACAACACAACUGAUUGGCUCAAACGCAUUAAGAAGGAAAGAAAUUCCACAAAUUAACUUUUAACAAGGCACACCUGUUAAUUGAGAGAAUGCCAAGAGUGUGAAAAGCUGUCAUCAAGGCAAAGGGUGGCGACUUUGAAGAAUUUCAAAUCUCCAAUAUACCUCCAAUAUAUAUCUUUAACACGUUUUUGUUUACUACAUGAUUCCAUAUGUGCUAUUUCACAGUUUUGAUGUCUUCACUAUUAUUCUACAAUGUAGAAAAUAGUAAAAAUAAAGAAAAAUCCUGGGAUGAGUAGGUGUGUCCAAACUUUUGACUGGUACUGUAUAUACAGAUAUAUAUAUAUAUAUAUUUUUUUUCAUUAUUUUUUUGAUAAAGAAAGAUUGGGUAUGGAUUUUUCAGUCUAUCCUCAGCAACAGUAUUGAGGCUAGCAUUUCACAUUGGUGUGUCUCUUCGAUAUGUGCACUGAACUAUAUCAGAAUAGCUUUUUCAUGGUUCGAGGAGCAGCUCUGAUGUCUAAAAUGGAAGGAAUGCCUGGCUAUGAGCUGCCUCCUCAGCCUGGCUAUGAGCUGCCUCCUCAGCCUGGCUAUGAGCUGCCUCCUCAGCCUGGCUAUGAGCUGCCUCCUCAGUAUGAGAGUCUGUUAUCGAGGUGUUGGAGGUGGAGGGUACUGUUAACCUCAUCCGGGAUCAGUGGGGGUGUAUAUCUCUUCAUCGUCAUGUUUUGAUAUUGAGAUGGCUCACUGAUCUAGGACCAGUGUUCUAAGUGUAAGAGGAGGCUCUCUACCCAGGUUUGUUGUUAUGCUGUUUCUGAACAUUUACUAAGAGUAAUCAGAGAUAAACAAAACAAAAAAAUUAAAAACUCACAGGGUCAAUUCAUUACGUGGAGAAUCAAGGAUGGCGUGUGUAAAUAUAGUUAUUUCCAGGACAAGCCCGUUUUUGAGCUUGUUCCCUAACUAAAGAUUAGUCUAGUGCCAUGGUGCCAUGAUGAGAACACAAUGUGGUGUCAAUGUCUCUCUAACAUCCCUGCAAAGUAGGUGGUUAGUUAUAGCACUGUCAGCUGAUAAGCACAACUUUUUCCGAUAGCCAAUUAAUCAAUUGACAUGCAAACAAUUUAUUUGUAAGAUACUCAUACAUUUUAUAGAUAUGAUUUUAACGGACUACCCUUCGUAAUAACCAUCUAUGAACAUGUGUCUAAAUCCUAAGUAAGUUAUAUCAACCUGUGUAUGUUACAUUACAAAAAUAUAUGUAUUUACGGUCUAACAUGGUACAAGGAUGUUUCCUCCAACUACUUGAAGCUCUUUCUCUCCUGUUCGGUGUCUGCAUAAGUGCUCAGCAGUCCUGCAAUGAUUUAAGUGUGAACAUGGUGUGUGAACAUGGUGUAUGUCUGUUCAUCUGCUUCAAUAUGGAAAGAACACAACUGUGUACAGUGGAUGUACUGUGAGGAUUGUGAGUGUGUCCAUGUUGUUGAAAUGAAGCAUGGAUGUAUUGUAUUUGAAUUGUGGUACUUAUACACUAUAUUGUAUUGUGAAACAAUCAAGGGAUUCAUUAACCAUAAGUGUAAAUGAAGUGUUGAUCUCUUAUCAUUAUGCAGUAUUUAAUGAGCAUGUAAGUUUUAAAAGCCUGACUAAACCUUUCAUAAUUUCAGACUAGAGUGUUGUCAGGUAUGAGUGGCAUAUUAUUUCUGGUCAGUUUUUUAAACAUCCCUGUCUGCCAACUCCUUGUGUUGAGCAGGUUUGAUAGAUCAGGUGAAUUGUCCCUUGUCUCUCUCUGUUGUUUUGCUUGUGAUGAAGUUGCAGAUUCAACAUUACAUACAGUGAGUGCUGUAAUAUUGUACACAAGUAUUGUAUCAUUGUUCUGUCAAACCUAGUUGUGAGGGCAAAAAAAGUCCUCUCUCAAUCAAUCAUUGAUCAACUCUUCCUCAGAGAAUGAUGACCAUUCUGCAUGUUCCAGUAUAUAGAGAGACUGGUCAGUAUCAGCCAGCUCAGCUCUGCUCUCUCUGUCUAUUACUCAUUUAUGUCAUAGCUUAACAGAUGAUUCUGUUUCCAUUUAGAUAAAGAUAAAUGUUUAAAGGCAGAUAUUUUAACAACAUGUUUGUGUUAUUCUGAUGCCAUAUACAACUGUUACUGGUAUAUUAUUCUGGGGCGGCAGGUAGUCUAGUGGUUAUAACGUUGGACUAGUAACCGAAAGGUUGUAAGAUCGAAUCUCCGAGCUGACAAGGUAAAAAUCUGUCAUUCUGCCCCUGAAAAGGGCAGUUAACCCACUGUUCCUAGGCCGUCAUUGAAAAUAAGAAUUUGUUCUUAACUGACUUGCCUGGUUAAAUGAAAAAAUAAAAAAUCUGUGACAUACAGUAUCAGCCCUUAAAAAUAUAAUUUAUUAGCACCAGGGGGGGACAUUGUAAAAGUGGCUGAUCUGAUACCUUGACUAGUCUGGUAACUUGCUCCAUACAGUAUCAAACUCUCAUUUCCUUGUGUGAAUUAAUGAAAUUGGUAUAUGAGUUUAUAACAACUUUAAUGAAAUAUUGACUUCGGCCAGCAUUUAUAAAUAAUGUAUAUAAAUGUAAACCCUUUUCAUUCAAUAUGCAUAUCUAGUUUGCAUAAUGUAAAAAGCAGGUACAGUUUUAGUUUGAUAAUUAAAAACAUAAAUGUAAUCAUUUUUAAAGUGCUUUUAAACCUAUUUGCCCUUCCUUUUAUGUCUUUAUUUUCUUGUAUAUCAAUAUAUUUGAAUACAUUGCUGGCAGUAAUUGUACUGUAAACAAUGUUGCAAUAAAAAUAAUAA